AUUAUACACAAACUAUAAACCUGAAAUCAAACCUUAAAGGAACACGUCGAUUUUAACAUAACACUUCAUCAAAACCUAAUCCUAGCUACCAAUAUGGAUGCAAUAGUAUUCCACCCCUAUGUUUUCCAAGCCCUUGGAUCUCUCCUCAUCUUAUGGCUGAUUUCAAAAUGGUUCAACAAAUCCAAUGGAACCAAGAACUUGCCCCCGUCACCGCCGAUGCUCCCGAUAAUCGGAAACCUCCACCAGCUGAGCUCAUUGCCUCACCACGACCUCCGGCGCUUGGCGCGCAAACAUGGUCCUCUCAUGCGCUGCACUUUGGCACCGUGCCUACGCUCAUCGUGUCAUCCGUGGAGGGCGCCAAGGAAAUAAUGAAAACUCAUGAUCUUGCAUUUGCAGACCGGCCCGAGUCUUGGGUUACUAAGAGGCUGCUCUACGAUCACAAGGAUGUGUCGGUUGCGCCGUAUGGCGAAUAUUGGAGACAGUUGAAGAGUAUAUGUGUGCUCCAGCUUCUCAGCAAUAAAAGAGUCCAAUCUUUCCAUUCGAUCCGGGAAGAAGAAAUGUCCCUUUUGAUGGAAAAAAUUAGGGGCUCGUCACGCGCGUUGAAUUUGAGUGAGAUGUUCACUAAAGUCACUAAUGAUAUGGUUUGUAGAUCGGCGUUUGGUGUGAAAUACGGCGAGGGAGAAAAGGGGAAGAAAUUCAUGGCGCUUUUGACGGAGUUUUUGGAGUUGUUAGGGACCAUUUACAUCGGAAAUUUUGUGCCGUGGCUUUCGUGGAUUACUCGUCUUACCGGGUUCGAUGCAAGAGUGGAUAAGGUUGCAAAAGAGCUCGACAUAUUGAUGGAGGAUGUGAUCGAAGAAAGGAUUAGAAGAAAUCUUGAAGAUAAGGCUGAGAAUGAACACAAGUAUGGACAAAAUUUUGUAGAUAUUUUGGUAGAUAUUUACAAGAACAAUUCUGCAGGCAUCUCCAUGGACAGAGAUAGUGUGAAAGCAAUACUUUUGGAUGUUUUUGCAGCUGGGACGGACACCACAUCGACUGUUCUAGAAUGGGCGAUGAGUGAACUCCUUCGACACCCCGAGGUGAUGAAGAAACUGCAAAAUGAAGUGAGGGGAGUAAUGAAAGACAAGGGCAAGAUAAGCGAUGAAGACUUAGAAAAAAUGCAAUAUCUAAAAGCCGUGAUCAAAGAAACUCUUCGCCUGCACACUCCGAUCCCAGCUCUAGUUCCUCGGAUGGCAAGAAAAGAUGUCAAGGUUAUGGGAUACGAUGUAUCAGCCGGGACAAUGGUGAUGAUUAAUGCUUGGGCCAUAGGCAGAGACCCCGGCAUUUGGGAUGAGCCUGAAAAGUUCAACCCUAACCGGUUUCUAAAUUCAUCGAUAGAUUUCAAGGGCCAGGAUUUCGAGCUGAUCCCUUUUGGGGCCGGGCGGCGAGGCUGCCCGGGGAUUUCAUUUGCUAUGGCUACCAAUGAGUUUGUGUUAGCAAAUAUUGUGCAUAACUUCAAGUGGAAAUUGGCUGAUGAUGAGAAAGAAUUAGACAUGAGUGAACGCCCCGGUGUCGCCAUUCGUAGGGCUGUUCCUCUUCUUGCCGUGGCAUCAAAGUUCUAUACUGAGGGUGUGUUCGUUUGACGGUUUGGAUUUUCUAUUGUAAAAUUUUUUAUUUGAGUAAUUGUUUCAUGUGGUAGGAGAUGAUAGUUUCUUAUACGUUGCGAUGUAAAGAAGAUUGUAGGAGAAAAUAUGUUGGAUAGAUAAUCUGGAUUGAAUGAAAAUACUAAGAAAUCGAAUUCUGAAGGGUAUACACGAUCUUGGAUA